AUGGUGUUUCCAACUAUUGGGCAUCUAAGGCAGGCAAUACAAGAGUACAUAAUUCACAACAAAGUCCCUAUCAAGUAUGCAAAGAAUGACAAGCAAAGGAUUAGGGCACAUUGUGAUGAAGAUUGCAGCUGGUUCUUGUUUGCUGCCCUUGACAGUAGGACUCAAAGCUGGGUUGUGAAGAACUUUAUUGGCCAGCACACAUGCUCAAGGGAGUGGGAAUUGAAGCAAUUCACUGCAAAGUACUUAGCUGCUAGGUAUAUUGAGUCCUUUAGGGCAAAUGAUAAGAUGUCUCUUAAGAAUUUUGCAAGAAUAGUUCGGCUAGACUUCAACAUGACACCAUUCAGAAGCAAACUGCAAAGAGCUAGAAGGCUAGCAAUGAAGAAGAUCCAUGGAGAUGAGUUGAAGCAAUAUAACAUGUUGUGGGACUAUUCAGCUGAGAACUUUGCCAAAAAAUGGAAAGGUGAUGUGUUCAAGAACAAACUGUGGGCCAUUGCAAGGUCAUACACUCAUGCUGACUGGAUGAGGAAUAUGGAGGAGAUGAAGCUGCACAUGCCUAUUUGGAGGUACAUACUUGAUGCUAGAGAACUUCCAAUACUUAGCAUGCUAGAGAAGAUAAAAAACAAGCUCAUGACAAGGUUUUACUCUAAGAACAAAGAGUGUGAGGAGUGGGCUGGCAACAUAUGCCCAAAGAUUAGAAAGAAGUUAGAUAAGUAG